AUGAAGACUUUCCUGCCCCUGCUGUCGCUGGCAUCCGCCGCACAGGCUCUCUACUUCUUCGUCGACGGCGCCGCGCCAAAAUGCUUUUUCGAGGAGUUGCCCAAGGAUACGCUUGUCGUGGGACACUACUCUGCUGAGGAGUACGACGACCGGGUGAAUUCUUGGCAGCAGCAUAAUGGGAUUACAAUCUACAUUUCCGUGGAUGAAGUCUUCGACAACAACCACCGCAUCGUCUCCCAGCGCGGCUCCGCCUCGGGCCGCUUCACCUUCACAGCCCACGAGGCCGGCGACCAUAAGAUCUGCUUCGUGCCCUCGUCCACCUCUGGCCGGUCGGCAUGGCUCUCGGCGCACAGCCCCAACGGCGGCAUCAAGAUGAAGCUCGACCUUGUUAUCGGCGAGACGGGCCAGAUUGAGAGCAGCGACAAGGACAAGUUGCAGGACAUUGCGUCCCGCGUCAAGGACCUAAACGCCAGAUUGCACGAUAUUCGCCGCGAGCAGGUCUUCCAGAGAGAGCGAGAAGCCGACUUCAGAGACCAGUCCGAAUCUACCAACGCCCGCGUCAUCCGCUGGAUCAUCAUCCAGCUCAUUGUCAUCGGAAUCACCUGCGCCUGGCAACUGUCACAUCUCCGAUCCUUCUUCAUCAAGCAGAAGCUCACGUAG